UGCUGGUUUAUCCCUGCCUAAAUGAUGUUAAAAAGAAGUUGCUGCUGUGGGGAAAAGGCCUUUUUUUUUUUUUUUUUUACACACAUUACAUUUCUUCCUUGCUAGACAGUGGGAAUACGGCCACUAACAGACCCACAUUCAUCAUUCUCGUGACCAGGGCGUAUCUGAUUUCCUGACAGGCCAGGCAGUCAGAAGUCUCUGGGUGCAAUGCAGGUCUAUAACAAUCCAACACAGGUUGGAGUAUCCAGGAGCCCAGCCCUGGGGCCCAGGCGGGGCCGUGGAGCUCCCGGUGCAAGCCAGGGCUGCCCUCAUGCUGCCCUGCUGCUCUGUCUGGGGCGGUUUAGGGGCCCCGGGAGCUCUGUCCUUCCAGGGGGGUUGUGCUGUGCCAGCUGCAGGGGCUGCAGAGCCGGGGGCAGUGUCCGUGGCCCGUGUCCGUGGCCCAAGCGGCGGGUUUCCCCGUGGGGCUCUGGCUCCUGUGACAUCACAGAGGAGAAGUCCCCGAGGGUGUCACCAGGGUGCUGGGCGGCAGCACCCGCUGCAGUCCGGCUCGGGCCAGCGACCAUGGCUGUGGGCAUCACCCGCGUCCUGAUGGUGCUGACCGUCCUGCAACACAUGCUGAGAAUGGAUGACCAGAGUGACCCGGCCACACAAGACCUCCUGCAGCAGCGUGAGAAGCAGCAGCAGCAGGAGAUGACCUGGCUGAUGGAGCAGAUGGAGCAGAGGAGCCAGGAGCUGUGUAGCCUCACUCUGGUAGGCAUGCUCCCCGCUGUCUGCCAGCACUGGUGGUUUUGGGCCUCUGCCGAAACCCUGCUCCUGCUCUUUGAGCUCUACCAGCUGCGCAGGCAGAGGAGCGCUGUCUCCAACAGCAGCAGCCAGCAGGGAAGCUGCAGCGGUGCCAAGGAGCAGAGAGAGGAGGGGGACUGGGAGGGCAAAGCAGAGCCCUGUGACUCUGGGUCGAGAAAAGCCUUUGCUGCAUCUGCCAAGCCCUUUCCAAGAACUCGUCUCUGA